AUGGCCGGCGGGGGCUGCCCCGGCCGCCUGGCGCCGGUGCUGCUGCUCGCCCUGCUCUGGCCGGGCCGCGCCGCGGCGGAGAACUGUGUAUGCAAAGGUAAAAGUCCCUGCUUUUGUGAUAGCACAAAAGGUAGUAAGGGAGAAAAAGGCUUUCCUGGUGUUCCAGGUCCACCUGGUCAAAGAGGCUUUCCUGGUCCAGAAGGGCCUCCAGGACCACAGGGACCAAAGGGUUCUCCAGGGCUUACAGGCUUAGUUGGACCCAAAGGUAUAAGAGGAGUCCCAGGAAUACCUGGAUUUUCAGGUCCUCCAGGCCUUCCUGGUGAACCAGGAACUGUUGGUCCUCCUGGGCUCCCAGGUGUUCCAGGAUGCAAUGGCACAAAGGGUGACCAAGGAUUUCCAGGUCCUCCAGGUCAAAGAGGUGCUCCAGGCUUUCCAGGAGCUGUUGGUAUCAAAGGAGAGAAGGGGAACCCUGCCGAGGGAUAUAGCCAAGAGUAUGGUGCAAAAGGUGAUCCUGGAUUACCAGGAUUGCCUGGUCUCCAGGGUGCCCAGGGUGCUCAAGGAUAUCCUGGGGAACUUGGACCACAGGGCCCUCCAGGACCUUUAGGCAUGCCAGGGAAACCAGGACCUCCUGGACCUAAGGGUCUUAUGGGACUGAAAGUCAUAGGAGCCAAAGGAAGGAAGGGUGACACUGGGUUAACUGGACCCCCUGGGCCUCCAGGAACUGUUAUUGUGACGUUAACUGGACCAGACAACAUGACGGACUUGAAAGGAGAAAAAGGAGAAAAAGGAUCAAGAGGACCCCCAGGACCAAUGGGGUUUACAGGGCCAGUUGGUGAUUCUCAAAGUGAAAAGGGUGACCGAGGAGAACCAGGAGCACAGGGGAAGCCUGGAAAAGAAGGUGCCCCAGGUCCACCUGGCUUACCGGGACAAAAGGGUGAACAGGGCAAGCCAGGACUGGCUGGAAGGCAAGGAGCGAAGGGGAUGAAAGGAAACCCUGGUCCACCUGGAGCUUGUGGUCGAAUGGAGUAUUACGAUUAUGUGGUUGGUGAAAAAGGGGAUGAAGGACCCCCUGGACCUCCAGGACCAAAAGGUCAACGUGGCAUGCCUGGGCCACAGGGUCCUCCUGGAGCUGCUGGUAGGCCAGGUGUGUCAAGACCUGGUCUGAGAGGUCCCCCAGGAUUUCCUGGGCCAAAAGGAGCAAAAGGAGAGAGAGGACAAACUGGCUUGUGUAGAGUAGGCCCUCCAGGACUGCCUGGUAUUACUGGCAGGCCUGGUUCUGUUGGAUUGCCAGGUCCUCCAGGAGAACCAGGCAGAGUAACAUUUGGAACUGGCCUGCCAGGACUUCCUGGAGAGCCAGGGUGUACAGGACCUCCAGGACCUCCGGGGGAUACUGGCAUGAGAGGUGAUAAUGCUCGUGUGUGUACUGAUUGUAGCUACAUUCCGGGAAUGCCUGGUCUUCCUGGUUCUCCUGGGUCUCGUGGUCAGGAUGGCAUGCCUGGUAGAGAAGGAGCAACAGGUCCAAAAGGUUCUCCAGGUUCUCCAGGAACACCAGGGCUUCCAGGGGCUCAAGGACCUCCAGGUUUUAGAGGAGAUCAAGGACGUAAAGGAUCAAAAGGUGAACCAAGAUAUGUACGUCCAGAAGGGCCAAAAGGUGAGCAAGGAGAUCCAGGAGCCAGGGGAGAAAAAGGAAGACGAGGUUCAAGUGGAUUUCUGGGAAGACCUGGCUCUAAAGGAUCCAAAGGUUCUAAAGGUGAAGAGGGAUCGACUGGACCAAAAGGAGAUAGAGGACUACCUGGAUUGCCUGGUAGACUUGGUCUUGCUGGAGAAAUGGGACUUCCUGGACUGGCAGGUUAUGGACCACAAGGAGUAAGAGGUUUUAAAGGCUCUAAAGGAAUACCUGGACCACCUGGAUUAGCUGGAGAAGCAGGUAUGAAAGGAGAGACCAGUAGGGCAACUCCAUUACCUGCUUUGCCAGGACCUCAGGGACCACAUGGUUUACCUGGACCCCCAGGAGUGCCUGGUAGGGUUGGAGCAAGAGGUCAGCCAGGUGAUCCAGGACAUUCAGGACCAACGGGUGACACAGGCUUUCCAGGGCUUGGGUUUCCUGGGAACCCAGGUCCAAAAGGAGAUAAAGGACUUGCAGGAGGCAGAGGGCCACCAGGUUGUGAAGGAAAGACUGGAGAUCCAGGCCGAGCUGGAAACCUAGGACAACCAGGACAAAAGGGUGAGCCAGGCAUGGUUAUUCCUGGAGAACCAGGAAGAAUGGGUUCACCAGGAGGUCAUGGCAGUCCUGGCUCAAAAGGUGAAGGUGGACUUCCAGGACUCCCAGGCCUACCAGGGCAUCCUGGGCAUGAUGGUGAUGAUGGCCUAAGAGGAGAUCGUGGCUCACCUGGAGUUCCUGGAGACCCAGGUUUUCCAGGGAAACCUGCUGAAUGUCUUAUUGGCCUGCCAGGUUUGCCAGGUGGCCAGGGAGCUACAGGCCCACCAGGAGGAAGAGGUUUACAAGGUUCAAAAGGAAACCUGGGUGCUCCUGGAUUGAGUAUCCCAGGAAUCUAUGGAAAGCCUGGGGAACCUGGAUUUAUAGGUCUUCAGGGAAAUAUGGGAUUACCUGGUCCCAAGGGACAAUCUGGAAGGCCAGGAAUCUCUGGUUUGCCAGGGGCAAGGGGAGAUCCAGGAGUAAUGGGACUGUUAGGAAUUCCUGGACCCCCUGGCAUGGUUGGAAGACCAGGCAACCCUGGUAUCCAAGGUUCUCCUGGCUUCCCGGGAAUAAAGGGAAGAAAAGGAUUUCUUGGAGAAAAAGGUGAACCAGGUGAUAAAGGUUUUCCUGGACCAUCUGAGACCUUGGUUGGUAUUGGGGACAAAGGAGAACAAGGUUUAAAAGGAGUUCAAGGCCGAAUGGGUGUAAGGGGAGAAAAAGGAGACCUUGGUGUGCAAGGUCCACCAGGUGUGGAUGGGUCUGAAGGAAUGCCUGGUCCACCAGGAGCCAAAGGAUUUAUGGGUCUUCCAGGGAUUCCUGGAGGACAAGGAUUCCCAGGUGCACUCGGAGACAAGGGGGACAUGGGAAUUCCAGGUCCAAAAGGCCAGAAAGGAUCUCCAGGCUUUCCAGGACCAUCAGGUGACCCUGGUCCACCAGGCUAUGGUGGCUUUCCAGGUGACAAAGGAGAUCCUGGGUACCCAUCUGCUGGGCCUCCAGGAGAACCUGGUCCAAAGGGAGAUCCAGGUCCCCCAGGAGUUUUGGGCAGCAAAGGAGAAAAGGGCUCCGAGGGUCAUCCAGGGCUUACAGGAGUACCAGGACCACAUGGGAUCAGAGGGGAAACUGGAGGUGCAGGAAUCCCAGGGCAGUAUGGACCCCGUGGAGAUGCUGGUGCUAAAGGAUGCCAGGGCCACCCAGGACAGCAGGGAGUCCCAGGCCCUCCUGGUGCUGUUGGAGUCCCUGGAAAACCUGGACUUGUUGGUGAAAGGGGUACUCAAGGUCAGGAUGGUAUGCCUGGCCCCCCAGGAGUAAAGGGAGAACCAGGACUGCCAGGGAGAGGGAUUCCUGGUUUUCCAGGUAUUCCUGGACGUAGAGGAAUCAAAGGGGACAUGGGACUGCCUGGCUUUCCUGGGCCUCCAGGUGUGAAAGGUCAUCAGGGAGAUCAAGGACCCAUUGGACCUCCUGGCUUAGUGGGGUUACCUGGAUUUCAAGGCACCACAGGCGUGGCAAUCACUGGCCAGAAAGGGAACAGAGGUAUUCCUGGUGCACAUGGAAGACCAGGUGCUCCUGGUUUUCCAGGCCUUCCUGGCCUUUCCACUCUCAGCGUGAAAGGAAGCAAAGGUGUCCGAGGGGCGGAUGGAAUUCCAGGGCCAAGGGGUCCAGCUGGUGACAUUGGCCCUCCUGGUCCCAAAGGAAUAGAAGGUCGAUCAGGCUAUCCUGGUGCUAGAGGGCACCCUGGAUUUCUUGGAUUCCCAGGUGUAAAAGGAGAAAAGGGUAAUCAAGGACCCCCAGGACCACAAGGUGCAGAAGGGCCAAGGGGACCAAAGGGCCAGCAAGGCCCACCUGGAUUCUCUGGAAAAAUAUUCUCCAUCCCAGGAAGCAAGGGUCCUGCAGGACUGCCAGGAAUCCCAGGAACACCAGGUGAUCAAGGAAUUCAAGGGAUUCCUGGACUACAAGGACCCAAAGGAGUAAAAGGUCUACCAGGGCGUUUUGGUCAUCCAGGACAUCCAGGAUUGCCUGGUCCAAAAGGAGACAGAGGAUUUCCAGGACAAAGAGGACAACCUGGAUUGAUUGGCUUUCCAGGUCUGCAGGGGUUACCUGGAUCACCAGGUACUACCAUUGCUGGUCCAACAAGAAAAGGAUUUAUCUUUACCCGGCAUAGUCAGACAACAAAGAUUCCUUCGUGCCCACAUGGGACAUCCCAGAUCUAUGUCGGCUAUUCACUGCUUUUUGUACAAGGAAAUGAACGAGCACAUGGACAAGAUCUUGGAACAGCUGGUAGCUGCUUGCAGAGGUUCAGCACCAUGCCAUUCUUGUUCUGCAGCACCAAUGACGUUUGUAGCUUCGCUUCUCGCAAUGACUAUUCCUACUGGCUGUCCACUGCAGUGGUGAUGCCACCAGACAUGGCACCCAUUUCUGGCAGGGCACUAGAGCCCCAGAUAAGCAGGUGUGUUGUCUGUGAAGGAGCUGCAAUGGUAAUAGCAGUUCACAGCCAAACAACUGUAGUUCCUGCAUGUCCAGAUGGCUGGAUGUCUCUCUGGAAGGGUUUUUCUUUUGUUAUGUACACAAGUGCCGGCUCAGAGGCUUCUGGCCAAGCAUUGGCAUCUCCUGGGUCUUGUCUGGAAGAAUUUCGGACUGUCCCUUUCAUAGAGUGCCAUGGCAGGGGGACAUGCAACUACUACACAAAUUCCUACAGUUUCUGGUUGGCAUCAUUAAAUCCAAGAAGAAUGUUCAGGAGACCUGUGCCACAGACUUUGAAAGCAGGACAACUAGAGAAUAUCAUCAGUCGUUGUCAGGUCUGCAUGAAGAGACCAAUCUAAAUGGUGGCCACUCCUCACAGAACAUGAAACUGAUUUAUUAUGAAGAAUUGCCUAACUCUGAAGAGCUAUAAUUUAUUGAAGUCCUGCUGCAUCUGGAAAUAAAUUUAUAAAUUGCCAGUGCAGCACUGUGGUGAGGUAGGGCAACAGUUUGACUUUUGUCUUUGGCAAAUGACAAAGCACUUUGUUGGAGGAAGCUUAUAAUGGCAUCUGCAGGGGCAUCUGCUGAAUCUUGUCAUUUCUGAGCUGCAUCUUCACCAUAAAACUACAGCAUCACCAGAUCUUUAAUGAAAGAUGUCAAUGCUGCCUUGUGUCAUGUGCUUUUCAAACAGCAGGACAAUCUAAAUGCUCCUGUAUCAACUUACCUAUGUUCGGUGUUCCAAGUGGAUAUCAUUUAAGAUGAUAGUCUGGCACUUAGGAGAGAUAGGGUUCAAUAGGAAAUAUUUUCAGUGCACUUUUAACUAUAUAAUGAUUCAUUAAGAGUUGUUUGGUUUGGUUUUCUUGUCUAAUAAACAAAUAUCUCCCCACGUACCUCACCCUUCCUCUGGCUGGCAAACAGGAAUACAAAGGUUUUUGUACCACUGUGAUUAUAAUGGUGCUUGACUGGCCAGAAAGGGAGCAGCAGCAGGACCUGGGCAGGCAGGACAGUGGUGGCAGGCACUGCCUGUGUGCUCCAGAGUGACUGUGGCUAAGGCUGACUGAAGGAAGGGUUGGGAAAUUUUCUUUAGAUUCCAUGGCUUUCAACAUUGAUCAUGCAAUAUUUGAGUUCUUCAAUUUGGCAGUAUUUGGACUCUAUAAUGAUCACAAGCUUUUGUCUCUCCUGAAGAAAAAACUAUUUAUCAUGUAAUUUGGGAUUUUGUUAGAAUUAACAAUUACUGUAUGGCUCAAGGGCUCCCAUGGCAUUAUCAGGUUAUCACACACCCAUCAGGAUGUGAUUCCUAACAAAAUCUAUAAUACUUCCAUUUUACACUAUUUCAUGUUUAAAUAUUUAUCACAAAUUGUAUUCUG